UCCAGUGAGUGUCCGGCACACAGAGACAGAUCAGGUGCCCAGGGGAUGAUGCGUUUUCCUCAUAUGCACGAACUAUUUUAGUUGCAUUCCGUUUGCCUUCGCGUUAUUAUUAUUAUUGCCAAAUCUGAGGGGUUGAUGUGCUUAAACGUACAUUGUAGAUUUAAAUCCACAUAUUUAUUCACUCUCAUACUCCAACUGGGCUGCACCGCACCUGAUGUCGGCAUAGGCACGCGUUUACAAGGAUAAUCGUCUUAGAACUAGAACCAUGGAUGCAGUCAUUCAUGUUAUGAAUGACUCUGUAGAGUUUUAUAAAUGGAGCCUUACCAUAGCAGAUAAGCGUGUGGAGAAAUGGCCGAUGAUGUCAUCUCCGCUCCCCACCUUGGGGAUCAGCGUUCUGUACCUGCUCUUCCUGUGGGCCGGUCCCCGUUACAUGCAGAACCGAGAGCCCUUUCAGUUCAGAACAACCCUCAUUGUGUACAAUUUCAGCAUGGUGCUGCUUAACUUCUACAUCUUCAAAGAGCUGCUCCUGGGCUCCAGAGCGGCUGGUUACAGUUACCUCUGCCAACCUGUGAACUACUCUAAUGAUGUGAAUGAAGUCAGGAUAGCGUCGGCUCUGUGGUGGUACUACAUCUCUAAAGGGGUGGAGUUUCUCGACACAGUGUUCUUCAUCAUGAGGAAGAAGUUCAAUCAGGUCAGCUUCCUGCACGUCUAUCACCACUGUACAAUGUUCAUCCUGUGGUGGAUCGGCAUCAAAUGGGUUCCUGGAGGGCAAUCGUUCUUUGGCGCCACGAUUAACUCAGGCAUUCAUGUGCUGAUGUACGGUUACUACGGCAUGGCAGCGUUUGGUCCAAAGACCCAGAAGUACUUGUGGUGGAAGAAAUACCUCACCAUUAUUCAGAUGAUUCAGUUUCAUGUCACUAUUGGCCACGCAGCCCAUUCCCUCUACACGGGCUGCCCAUUCCCAGCCUGGAUGCAGUGGGCUCUGAUCGGCUACGCGGUCACCUUCAUCAUUCUCUUCGGAAAUUUCUACUAUCAAACCUACCGCCGCCAGCCACGCCUCAAACCAGCCAAAUCUGCCGCCAACGGCCACUACGUGGCAACCAAUGGCACCAGAAAGGCACCGGAGGUGACGGAAAAUGGAAAGAAGCAAAAGAAAGGAAGGGCAAAGCACGAAUGAAAAGUAGGAUGGAUAUGGAAGGAUGUGUUAAAGAGAUUAAACACUGGUUACUGUGGGAUUCAAAAAGGGGACUGAUCCAUGUAAUCACGACCUCUACAGACUGUUUGGUAAUUGGCUGAGUCCUUUUUUGUUAAGUUGAUUGUAUGGUAGUGAGCAUGUUAAGAUUGAGAUAUUUCAAACUAGGGACAUUUCUAAGAAUCUUAGGAAAGAUAAUUGCUAACUUGGAGCCGCAGUUUAGACGAUUCCAACACCGCCAAGCAUUCCAGUUGGAUUCAAUGUAAGAUUCCUUGGCUUCCAGUGUGACAUCACUCUAAAAUGUCCCAAAUGUCAGUUGUUCUCAAUCCUGGUACUCAACGACCCACAGUACUGCACAUUUUGGAUGUCUUCAUUAUUUAACACACCUUAUUCACUCUCAGCUUAUUAAAGGAGCCUCCAAGGCUUUGUUAACACUGCAGGGGAAAUACGAUUUUUUCUGAAAUCCAUUUUUUUAGACGACUGUUCAAACUCCCAAGAUACACGUGGCCAGACCUGAUUGUUUUUGCACAUGAACGCAUGUAAUCCGAUCUCACCAUUCAGUACGUUUACACGCGCAGUUAUAAUCGAGCUGGGUGAUUCUCACAAAACCUGUCAAGAAAAUGCCCUUGUCCUAUUUUAUUCCAAAAUCUACAGAAACAAAUGAGAAAUAAUUUUGCAUAUCCUUGUGCGACCCCACGUCCUUCUGUGCGGACAUUGUGUUUUGGCUAUGCUAUAUGCAAAGCAUAAUUUAAAUUAAUUUAAACUGACUGAUCUCAGUUCAGAAGACACUGGGCUGUCAGUAAAGAGUUAAACUUUCGACGUAUGGAGUCAUGUUACAUAACAUCAUGGCACCGAUCACAGCGAGUUUGUCUUUGGGAGAAACACCAACAAAACUACAACUGGUAAGAAACUUAAUUCAGUUUUUACAUUGAAACCUUUAUGAAUCAAAAGAUUAGAGUCUCUAGUUUCAUCCGAUAUGACAUUUUUAAAAUUUUAGCGGUUUAUUGCGAAACUGCACACUGUUAAACACAAUGACCACUAUAGUGGACAAAAGCACUAGUUUUUCAUUAGAAAUCCUAUUUUUACAGUGCAAUUUAACAUUGAGAAAAAAAUAUAUUGCUUUCGGAGGGUUUAUAUGGAGUUAGGAUGAAAAUACAGUGCAUUUCGAACUGUUCUGAGACCAGUGCAGACAGACAGGAUACUGGAGGUUAAGUCAUUCUGACUUUCUAUAGCUUGAUAUUAUUUAAAAUUUCACAACUUAGUUUCAUUGUUCACAUAUGUUGACAUCAAUUUUUAGAAAACUAUUGGCUCUAGAAUUUCUUUGAUUUUUAGGCAUGUUUAUUAGAUGCUACUAGUUACAAAUCAAAAAGGGAAAAGGAAAAUGCACAAAGCAGUCACGCUCGGAAUUCAGGAGGUUAAAGAAAUGAAGCCUGUUUUUAGGGCCAUUAAGAUUUUUUACAUUGUGACAUUAUUUUCAUGACAGUUACGCACAUUUUAGCCCCCAAUUCUCAUUACCGCAAAUCGCAAAAAGAUAGUCCUUAUCAUAUUGUCAUUACUGCAACAUGGUAAAAAAAUAUAUCUUUUUUUAAAUCAUAAAGUAUCUAUACAUUGUAGUAGUUUUCCCUUGGUACUGACUUUCAUUUUUGCUCUGUAAAAACAUGACUGUGUUACGGUAAUGACAAUUCCCAUUGAAAACAAUGGGAAUAGUCAAAUUAAAAUGUCUGGUAAUGAGAAUUGGGGGGCAAUUUUUUUUUUUAAGUGUGCAAAUAAAAAUGUCACAAUGCAAAAAAAAAAAUGGCAUGGUCCUAAAUGUAGGCUUCAUUGUCUUUAUGCAAAAUAUGAUUAUUAUUAUUAUUUAUUUAUUUUUUUCAUAUUGAUUUGGGAUUAAAGGACAAAUUAUUGUUUUAGUCAGACAGAAUUCAAACUUUUGUACUGACUGAGAUCGAUUGAAUAGGGUUUGUUGGGGUUUCAGAACUAAACUGAGAAUCACAUCCUUAUGGUAAACUGUAUCAUAAAAGCAAGCUACUUUGAGAUGUUUGGUUAUCAUCUGGGGGGCUACAAUGGAGGAUACUCUGUUUUGCACUUGUUUUUAACCACUGUUUAGUUACUGUUGAAUAUGCUUUUUCACAUCCACAGAAACCUAGUUUAUUCUCUUAAUGGUCUUAUUUAGUGUGAGUAGCUGAUGGCACAGAAAUGCCAAUGGCUUUGGACUGGUAUCUUCAAAUUCCCCUCCACUGGUUUCAAUGGCUGCCAAUUUUCUUGAUGCUCUUGAACAGAUUUUUCACUCAAUUAGGUAAAUCAAGGAAUCAGUUCCAUCAGUAUAAUCCCACAAACUAGCUUUCAUAGAAAUUUACAGCUAUUACGGUUGUCUUUUUUAAUAUUGCUUUGUAGUUAAACAGUGGUGUUUUUACCAAUAGGUAAAGUGGCAGUAAAAUGUAAAACAUGUUGCAGCAUGUUACUAAAGAAAAUUUAACUGUACAUUUGGUGAACAAAACAAUUUAAAUCAUUAUUUUCACUUCACCAAACAACGUCCUGAGACAGCAUACGGUAAUGAUGGUGUCAUGGCUUUAUACUCAGGUAGUUUAACAGAUUUGUAUCCCACAUUUAAAGUUACCACAUGCCCACACUCAUAUCCAUUCACAUGUUUGUGUAUUUCUCUUUAUUGCUUUAUACAUUUAGUUUUUAUGAGAGUGUCUAGGUGGUCAUAUUGCAUUCAAUGCAUAUUCAUUUUUAAGAAAUUCACUUUUCUCUGUUGCCUGUCUGACCACAACCCCAAAUUUGAAAAACUAGAAGGUAGAAAUCAGAACGAGUCGCCUAAAACAUGUUACAAUAUCUAAACUCUAUUUUCUCAACCGUAAACUGUUGCAGUAUGCUGUAUAUUUCUGUAUGAAUACUCAUAAAUUUAAGCAGGUUCUAAUGCUCAGUGGAUGUAUUUCUGUUUUGCUAAUCAUCCUGUAUGCUACAACAGCUUCCUCUAAUAUUAAAUCAUUAAACCAGCUGCUACAGAUCUGAAUUAAAUAAACAGGGUCA